UUCUCUCUCUACCUUCCUCUCUCCUUCUCUCUUAUUUCCCUCCAGUUUCCUUCAAAAACCCUUUAUAAAUACACACAGUCACAUAUUCAGAUCCAUAUUCCAUAACCCCCAUAAACAUUCAAUCAUCAAUAAGGGCACAUAUAUAAACCCCUGAUAUAUGUCGACAAUGUCACGCGCGAUUGAAAUCACGGUGAUCUCCGGCGAGGGUCUACGUACGGAUCGAAAACGAUCGGUGAAGAAAAACGCUUUCGUCGUGGUCCGAACCGACUCCGGUAAGGCACAAACGUCGAGGCUCGACACCGAAGGCGGAAGCUACCCGGUGUGGAACGACAAGCUGGCGGUGGACAUGCCGGUUCACGCGCGGUUCGUGACGGUGGAGGUGCAUUGCAGGACUGGUUCCGGCGAUAAGUUGAUUGGGGCGGCGAGGAUUCCUGCGACUGACUUCGUCGGAGGUUACACGCCGGACAACUACUUGCACUUCUUGAGUUAUAGGUUGAGGGAUGGUAAUGGGGAGCGGAACGGGAUUAUUAAUCUGUCGGUGAAAACGAAUGGGCCAGAAAAUUCCAGUUCCAGUUGUGCCGCAUCAUGCUCGCGGCCGUGGAUGGCGACUCCGGCGGCAGAUAGGGCUUCCAGUGGAGUCGUGACCGGUGUUCCGGUUUGGUAUUAUUGAUCCCAAAUCUAGUUUACAUUUGGACCGACCUUUUCAGAAAAAGUUGUAUAUAAUCCUACUAACAAGGAUAAGGUCAAGGUAAAAACCAGUAAUCGAAUGUUGAUUUUAAUAACGAUUCAAUUUCAAAGCUA